GUUUGUUUCCGGGACACGCUGUCAUAAAAAAUGGCUUCUCUUGACAGGGUUAAAGUGCUAGUUUUAGGAGAUUCCGGAGUGGGCAAGUCUUCUUUGGUCCAUCUGUUAUGUCAGAAUCAAGUUUUAGGAAAUCCAUCUUGGACUGUAGGGUGCUCUGUGGAUGUACGGGUUCAAGACUAUAAGGAGGGAACCCCAGAGGAGAAAACCUUUUACAUUGAACUUUGGGAUAUUGGAGGAUCUGUUGGCAGUGCCAGCAGUGUCAAAAGCACCAGAGCAGUCUUUUACAAUUCAGUUAAUGGAAUUAUAUUGGUACAUGAUUUGACAAAUAAAAAAUCCUCCCAGAAUCUCUAUCGUUGGUCAUUAGAAGUGUUGAAUAAGGAUUCCUCUCCGACUGGAGUCAUUGUCUCAAAUGGAGACUAUGACAGAGAGCAGUUUGUUGAGAACCCAGUUCCUUUGCUACUGAUUGGAACCAAGUUUGAUCAAAUUCCAGAGAACAAACGCAGUGAAGUCCUCACCAGGACAGCGUUCCUAUCAGAAGAUUUCAAUGCAGAGGAGAUCAAUCUAGACUGCACCAACCCAAGAUACCUUGCUGCAGGCACGUCGAAUGCUGUGAAACUCAGCAGGUUCUUCGACAAGGUAAUAGAAAAGAGAUAUUUCACCAGAGAUCCAAGUCAGAUGACAGGUUUCACAGACAGAAAGAGGUUCAACUUCAAAAGUUUGCACUAUGACUGACAGACUGAGGACAACAGCAGCUGUAUCUUUGGGUUUUUAAGUCAGCCAUUGUUCCCACUGAGGAAACCAGAGCCCUCACUCCGGCUUUGACUGACUUAAAACAGGG